AUGAAAGGAAUUGGUGGGGGUUUUGAGGUUCAAUACAAUGAGGCUUCCAAUAAACCUCCAUCUAUUGAUAUCAUCGAAUUCGUCCAUGGUGUAAUCCAGUCCAUCGUUCUUGUAGAUGAUAGUUUAACGACCUCAUCAUCAAAUAAUAAUAAUAAUAAUAAUAAUAAUAAUCAAAAUAAUUAUAAUAAUAAUAACAGUUCCGAAGAACCAGUUUUAGAAAUAUUAGAAAACUUAAAGACGGAAAUUUCACAAGUAAUUAUUUUCCUUGGAAACAAAACAAAAAGAGUUGACUUAAGGGAAGUGUAUGCUUCCCUCACCGAUUACCUAAAGGAUCAAAAGUAA